UAUUUGACUUACCGCAUAGGGCUGAAAGAAUUACCGCUGCGUGAGAGAGCACUGACAUGAUGAUAGCUUUAUCACCACUUUCCCACUAUUUCACCAACAAUUCUACAAAUUUGAUCUCAUAUGAUCCCGCUGUUGUUCCUGGUUUAUUUUUGGUAUAUUCUUUUUGGUAAUAUUUAGAUUACAACAUGCAUAUUCAAACUUUUUUAUUUGUAUAAUCGUGAAUUGCCAUGCGUUGUGUUACUGCGGGAUUUUGACAGUAUAUGUUCCAAUUUAGGCUUUGCUGCUCCGUUCCUUUUGUAUGUGUGUGUGUGUGUGUGUGUGUGUGUGUGUGUGUGUGUGUGUGUGUGCGUGCGCGCAGAGUGACCCAGUAAGGGCAGCCUCGAGUAAAUGACUCGAGGCUACUUAGAUUUACGCUUUAAUUGAUUUCCCCUAAAUAUCGGAGUGCCAGUUUAAUGGUGUCACUGUUGUGGGGCAGACAAUCGGCGCAUCUGGAUAGCUGCUGGUGCACAAAAGAAACCCACAACGUCUAAGAGGGGGGGGCACUUUCUAUUAUUUAGCUCCUGUGCAAAACAAACUGGGCCUAUUACAAGGACUGCGGUGCAGAUAUGCUUCAAUCCGAGCUGGAUUGAUCUGGAGACACAAAAGAGAACUUCCGUAGAUUAGGUAGUUUAGUUUGUGUCACAUAACAUGAUCAGUCCCAGAUAGAAGCGGAGGAGGACACCCUCAAAGAAACACCCCUCUUCAUUGUAAUCUGCGUUUAUAAUUGUUAAAAUCCAUGGUUCUUUUCGAUAAAUAUCAUAUUCGGUACACGGUGAUUCCCCAAAUUAAUGUUUUUAAAUUAGAGUCCUGCUCUGGUACUACGUCUCAGGUUAAUGAUAGCUUCUUUUUUUGUAAGAGAAGAGAGAGGAGGGGAGUGGACGGGAGGGGAGGGAGAGAGAGAGAGAGAGUAAAAGAGACGGAGAGAGAGAGUCAUGUCACUUAACGGACUGCUGGUACUCUGUGACUCAGUAUGCGGCUCCGCUUACAUAUAAAGACACGAGGCUUUACCCACAUAGGUUGGCUGUUUGUCAUCAAGCCAAUCAUCCUCCUCUCCGAGUCACCCACUCUGAGCCUAUAGAAGCAAAAGUGGUCACAAUUUUGGGUGAAGGGGGGUGCAUCUGUGCCCUUUUCUUAUAGCUGUGUUUGUAUCGGCAGCAGCGCGUAUACAGACGGACCCGCGGAACGUCCAGAGCGCACGGCGACCGCAUGCAAGCGCGUAUUCCUCCCAAACCCUGCUCACACCUCCGUUCACAUCUCUUUUCCUUCCCACAGCCAAGGAUUACCUCCUGCCCGGGCAUCGUUUGACGGACUAGGAACGCAACAACGAAAACGGGGAGUGGGUCAUUUCUUCUUCCACAUCGUUGGGCUUCUUCGGGGAGGAUAUGGCACGGUGGGUGCUAGAGAGAGGAGCGCAGCCGGCACAGGCGAGAGGAAACAGGAGCUGAAUGACAGGAUGCCAGCGACCUGAGCCCCUACACUUCUAACUUCGUUAAAAAAGAAAAAAGAGACGCUCCCGCUUUAUUUUGUCGAGUCGAGAGAAGAAUACUCUCGUAGAAGAACCUGCCGGAGGAGUUUCUUUACGGAGUUUUUUAUCUUUUUGUAUGCGUAAUUUUAUUUUUUGGGUGAGGAAACAAGGAUGCAUUGUGGAUUAGUAUUGAUCCUGUUCAUGGGAAUCCUUCUGGUGGUCAAGGCUUUCAAAAACGAUAAAUGUGGAGGCAACAUCAGAAUCUCAACCGCCAACUACCUCACCUCGCCCGGAUACCCCCUGUCCUAUCCCCCUUCUCAGAGAUGCGUGUGGGUGAUAUCGGCGCCUGGUCCUCACCAGCGGAUCCUCAUCAACUUCAAUCCGCAUUUCGAUCUGGAGGACCGGGAGUGCAAGUACGACUAUGUGGAGGUGCGAGACGGCGUCGACGAGAGCGGUCAGCUAGUGGGGAAGUACUGCGGGAAGAUUGCUCCCUCUCCGGUCGUCUCCUCUGGAAACCAGCUUUUCAUUAAGUUCGUGUCUGACUAUGAGACGCACGGGGCAGGUUUCUCCAUCCGCUAUGAGAUCUUCAAGACAGGUCCAGAAUGCUCCCGGAACUUCACCUCCAACAGCGGUGUCAUAAAGUCACCCGGUUUCCCAGAGAAAUACCCCAACAACCUAGACUGCACUUUCAUGAUCUUCGCCCCCAAGAUGUCCGAGAUCACCUUGGAGUUCGAGAGCUUCGAGCUGGAGCCCGACCCGACGCCCCCCACCGGCGUGUUUUGCCGCUACGACAGACUGGAGAUCUGGGAUGGCUUCCCUGGAGUCGGUCCAUACAUCGGGAGGUACUGUGGGCAGAACACGCCAGGCAGGAUCAUCUCCUACACGGGCAUCCUAGCACUGACAAUCAACACCGACAGCGCCAUCGCUAAGGAAGGCUUUUCGGCCAACUUCACCGUGAUCGAAAGGACCGUUCCGGAGGACUUUGACUGCAGCGACCCUCUGGGAAUGGAGUCGGGAGAGAUAACAUCGGACCAAAUCAUGGCCUCGUCCCAGUACAACCCCAGCUGGUCCCCAGAGCGCUCCAGACUCAACUACUAUGAAAAUGCAUGGACGCCGGCAGAGGACUCCAACAAAGAGUGGAUACAGGUGGACCUUGGGUUCUUGCGGUUCGUCUCGGCCAUCGGCACCCAGGGCGCCGUUUCCCAGGAGACCCAGAAGAUCUACUUCAUCAAGUCCUACAAAGUGGACGUCAGCUCCAAUGGAGAGGACUGGAUCACUUUGAAGGAAGGCUCCAAACAAAAGGUUUUCCAAGGCAACACCAACCCAACAGACGUUGCCAAGACGAUGCUGCCCAAACCCACGCUGACACGCUUCGUCCGGAUCCGUCCCGUUACCUGGGAAACAGGCAUCGCGCUGCGCUUCGAGGUGUAUGGAUGUAAGAUAUCAGAGUACCCAUGCUCGGGCAUGCUGGGCAUGGUAUCAGGUUUGAUCACUGACAACCAGAUCACCGCAUCCUCCCAUACGGACCGGAGCUGGGUACCGGAGAACGCCCGCCUGCUGACCAGCAGGACGGGUUGGACCCUGCUGCCCCAGCCCCAGCCCUUCACCAGCGAAUGGCUGCAGGUGGAUCUCGGUGAGGACAAGCUGAUGAAAGGGUUGAUAAUCCAGGGAGGGAAGCACCGCGAGAACAAGGUCUUCAUGAAGAAGUUCCGCCUCGGCUACAGCAACAAUGGCUCCGACUGGAGGAUGGUGUUGGACACCAGUGGGAACAAGCCAAAGAUAUUUGAAGGGAAUAGCAACUACGACACCCCUGAGCUGAGGACGGUGGAGCCCCUGCUGACCCGCUUCAUCAGAAUUUACCCAGAGAGGGCCACUCCUGCUGGCAUGGGCCUGCGACUUGAGCUCCUGGGCUGCGAGAUCGAAGCUCCUACACUCCCGCCUACCACGUUUGUCCCGAGCACUACUCCAUCGGACGAGUGUGACGACGACCAGGCGACCUGCCACAGCGGCACAGGUGAUGACUACGACGUGACAGGGGUUACCACGAUGCCAGAGACCACCACUGCUGAAGUGGAUACCAUCCCAGCUUUCCUGUGGUUUGCCUGCGACUUCGGCUGGGCCAAUGACCCAUCCUUCUGCAGCUGGACAUCAGAGGACACUGGUUCCAGGUGGCAGAUCCAGUCCAGCGGCACCCCUACCCUCAACACUGGACCUAACAUGGACCACACAGGUGGAUCAGGGAACUUCAUCUACACCUUGGCGUCAAGUCCCCAAGAGACCGAGGUGGCCCGGCUGGUCAGCCCAGUGGUCAGCUCCCCGGACUCAGACCUGUGUGUGUCCUUUUGGUACCACAUGUUCGGGCCACACAUCGGCGCACUGCAUAUCAAGCAGCGCAAGCAGACUGUUGAGGGACCGGCCGACAUCCUGCUGUGGACGGUCAGCGGUCACCAAGGCAACCGCUGGAGGGAAGGUCGUGUCCUUGUGCCCCGCACCAAUAAACCCUAUCAGGUGGUGAUCGAAAGUCUGGUGGAGAGAAAGAGCUGGGGGGAUAUUGCUGUGGAUGACAUUAAGGUUCUCAAUGGACUCAGCAUGACGGACUGUAAAGAUCCUGACAUACCCACUGAGCCGAUGCUGCCAGAGGAUCGCUUCAACGAAAUCCUUGAGGAGAUCACUGAAUACCCAGACUUCGUGGAGACCAACCAGAUCAGCGGAGCCGGCAACAUGCUGAAGACGCUCGACCCCAUCCUCAUCACCAUCAUCGCCAUGUCGGCCCUGGGGGUCUUCCUCGGCGCCAUCUGCGGCGUGGUCUUGUACUGCGCGUGCUCGCACGGAGGCAUGUCGGACAGGAACUUAUCAGCCCUGGAGAACUAUAACUUUGAACUCGUGGACGGUGUCAAGCUAAAGAAGGACAAACUCAAUGUACAGAGCUCAUACUCAGAGGCGUGAGAUGGGACCGGGUGCAUUUGCGUGACUGUAUAACGUGCAGAGCUCGCAGAGCGUGCACAAGACUGGCUGUAGGCAUAUCUUCUCGUAUAUCCACGAGUAGGCCGGCUCAAAGGACUGCUGACGCCCUCAACUCUCUGGAUGAGGGACAUGUUCAGGAACCAAUGGGAGGGUCGAACUGAUCCACGCUUUUCUCAGGAGCUGCAGUAAAAAGAACCUACCAGUAGGGGACACUGUGUACAGAUAAAAUACAGAAAAAAAGAUUAUGUACAGAUGAUUUAGAUGAUAUUUUAAUUUUCUAUUUUGAUUUUCAUUCAUUUUUACAAUCGGAUGCUGGUGUUGAGACCAAUUUAUUAAUAAUGUUUAAAGUAUUUAUCGUUUUCUGGGAAAGAAAUGUUUGUUUGUUUUUAUUAUCAGUUUAUGAAGGCUGUUGUUAGUUUUCAGGUUUUGGAAGAGACGUAUCAAAAUCCUAAAUGAACCAUAUCCGGCAAAACUGUAGAUUUGCCCUAAAAUACAGGGUGUGCCCAUAACCCAUGACCCUGAAACAUGUACCCUUUCCCCUUUGACCUCUAUCACUCUAAUGUGAGGGUCCCACUCACGGCAAUGUAUGGUUCUGACAGUGCCUUUAGUACAUUUCGGUUUGGCCUCCUCUGUUGAUCUGGGUGUUUUUUAGAGUACUCGGCCUAAGUUGUGAUCACAGGAAAACAGGUGCACAUGAUCUUAUAAAUACCUGCAGAACAGGAUGACAGUCUAUCACAGCGCUUUGUUUUGUUUUUUUGUUGUUCUCUGUCCAAAAACCACACACUGUAAAUACGUUUUAAUAUAUUUUAUUGCCCUUUUUAAAGAAAGUAAAAGGAAAGAAAAAAGCUGCAGUAUCCCUUUUUUCAUGGGUUUGUAUGUGUGUAAAUACAAUCUUCUGACUGUUUUGUGGAAGGUGCAGUGUUAUGUUUUUCUAUUUUAGAUUACUUUGCUCAGACAAGUAAGAUUGGUGUGGUCUUACAGCGAUUUCAAUGUGCAUUCAAGCCAUCUGUCAUAGACAACAGCCACUUCACGAAAACCACCGAAAGACGAAUGAAUCAAGAGGUAACGAAAAAAAAAAAAGAAAAAAAAAACAUCUGACAUUGAUGAACUCUUUUUCGACUGAUCUCUCAUAUCUUCAUCAUAUCUCCGCUGUGAGUUUGACUGGUCACCAGAGCAUUUUUACAUCAAACACGCUCAUGUCGAUGGCAGAGGAGGUGGUGAAAUAUACUAAAUGUUUGCCAGCUUACCAAAAAAAAAUCAACAAUCACCAUCGCUUUGCUUUAGCUAAGACCUAGACUACUCGUCACCUUCGAACGUCACUGUGGAUUGUUCACUGAGGAAGUGCUAUCCGGACAAUGCAGCUUGAAUGCACUUUGUCACUGAUCCCCUCCUGAUAGGAGCCUAUAAGAAGAGGGGUUAAACACACUUACUGAAGAAUGGUGCUAUCAUUACUUUAGCCAGACACGUUUGUCUCACGAUGAACCCAGUUUGUAAUUGUUCACAUGCUGUAUUGUAGCUUCAAGGCCUCUCGGACCGCGGAGUUUUUUUUUUUUAACGUGUUCCACAUGUAGCAGCCAUAACGUUGUGAUGUCAUUAUAGGACGGGACACUGGUGCAGCGUGGGGGGGGGUAUCGAGUGACGUCACCUGAAUCAGGUCACCUGGCCUCCCCUCCGUGGCUUUACCAAAGGACGGUGGCCCCCUUCUGGUUCACUGGGGGUUCUCACUUACAAAAUACUAUAAGACCACGGUUCCCUUCAUCAUCACUCACAGAAGAACUGACUACUCGCUUUGCCCUGUCAGAGCUCCCUGGAGAGAAGGGGGGGGGGGGGAUGAUAGGAUGCUUGUAGAGAAAAGCUGUUUUCUUUUUCUAUCUCUUUUUAAGCUUCAAACAAGUGCAAAUGUCCCCUCGACGUGAACUCUUCAGAUCUCUAUUGAGACUCUUGUUUGCAGAUGGAUGGAUGGAUGGAUGGGACAAUCCCACCGCUAGACACUACAAGGGGAAGGGACUCUGUGCGAACUCCCCGUGAGAAUGACAGUAUCAGGACACAAGGGCCCGCGGGAACGCAACUCUGUGGUUCCCCCGCGCCACAAUAAAACAAUCAAAAAACUCAAAUCCUGAGAAGGAGGACGUCUUUUACAUCAGUGUGCUCUGUUCGUCGUGCCGUGGUGUUACACAUUCUCAGCUUGUUCGUUUCAGAUUUGACCUCCUCACUCCUCUCACCUUUACGUCAACGGAGGACUGUAGCUCCAGCGACGUCUGCUGAACUAGAGAAAAAGGAUACUGUAGCGUGGACUCAAAACAAACAAUGUUGCACUGAUAAAUAUAUUUAAGAGGUUUAUGUGUUUAUAGCGUUCAUUUGCAAAAAAAAAAAAACAGAAGUCAAAAACACAAAAAAUGUGUUCAUUUAUUUCAUCUUUUUUAUAUAUAUAUAAAUAUAGAGUUUCAGAUUAUGUGAUAUAAUUCUGAAAUGUACAAAAUAUUGAGAUGUUUUCAUUAUUGAAAAAGGCAUAAAAGAUUUUCCAACAGUAAUGUCCCUCUCCCUCCAUUUACAUGGCAUAUUAACGCUUCGUUUUGUACUGUCAUUCAAAUUUUGUGCAGAUUCCUUUUUUUUCUUUUCUUUUUUUUUUACGAGAACAAGAAAAGAAGACUUUUAUUUUCAAUACUGCUUCUGUAAUUUGCUGUUGUAGGAAAAAAAAAAUGAAUAAACAGCAAAGCCUUAAAAGAAUGUUUGUGUCGUGAUCCAGGAACUAUUUUUCCUUUCCAGUCAGAUCCACAUCACAGUCGGUAACCAGCAGCCUCACAAGCAGCUCUUUGACGCAACAUCUGUUUCUUGCAUCAAAGUAAUGUUGAAAGCACUAUUUCAGUCAGCGAGAUGGUGAUGUAAACAAGAGCGAUUUGUCAUCUUUGUCUCCCAGCCGUCGCUUUCCAAAGACAUGAAUAAAAGGCAUCUUCAGA